AUGGACGAUAAGCGUAAUGACAAUAUAUUUAGAGUGAUGAAGUCACUGGAAAACAUGGAGAAGGCGAUCGUUAGAAAGUCAACAGCAGCUCCAAGAUCCAUCUGCCAUAAUCGAGAGGUUUGGUCUCUCAAUCUCCGUGAAGAAUUAGAGCUGUUGAAUGAGUAUCUUCCAGAGUUUCCAGUAGUCGUCAUCGAUAUGGAGUUUCCAGGAUUUCUCUGGUGCACUCCGAAAGGCAUCUCGGAGGAAGAAUUCUACCAUUGUCUCCGAUUCAAUGUGAACCGAUUGAACAUACUCCAACUCGGUCUCACACUUGCCGAUCAGAAGGGAAAUAUAGCAAUGACUUGGGAGUUUAACUUCAGAGAUUUUGAUCACGUUAGCGAUAUGGAAGACGUUUCUUCGCUGGAUUCAUUUCUGAAGAACAAAGGGUUUGAUUUCUACAAAUUGAAGAAAUACGGAAUAGCUCAAGAGGAUUUCACUACCUUGUUUCUACCAAUAUGUCGUAGUGGUCAAAUCAAGAGAUGGAUCACAUUUCACGGCUUCUACGACAUUACUUAUCUUCUCAAGCUGCUCAAAAUCAAAUCCAUACCGAUUUCCAUGGCAACGUUUGCCACCACCGCUCAACAUCUAUUAGGUACGGUUAGCGAUCUGAAGCAUAUGGCUCGCUACUGUGAUGGACUGCUCGACGGCAACCUAGGGCUAAAAAAAUUGGCCAAGCUGCUCGACGUGAAGCGUAUAGACAAUGCACAUUUUGCUUGUUCCGAUAAUUUAUUCACAACUUCAGUAUACACCAAGAUGAAGCAAAUUUUCAAGCUUCCGCUAGAGCAAUGCGAAGGGUUUCUCUAUGGCUUGCCUUAUCCGAUUAACGGUUUUCAGUCAGUCGCGAAGAUUAUCGAUCCAUCCACCAUGACUCCUCCUCCACCGCUACCAUCGAAGUUCUCAAUAUUGUCUUUUUGCAGCUCUACGCCGCUUUUGGUUGGUAUUAAGUCUAGCAAGUUAAAUGGUCCUUCAGUCAUAGUUGGUUGA